UUUGAUAAGAGCGUUACCUUGCACUGUGAUGUAGAGGUUGCAACUGCAUUUUACUUAAAGAAUGAUGUUGUAUCUACAAAGGAAAUUAAGAUGAUACUUAUUGUUUUACUAGUUUUGAUGGACACGCCUUGGAUGCAGCCUCAUCUCAUUUAUCCAAUAAACUACUGCAGCUUGGCGUCUACCUGCGUUCACGACAGUCAAGUGGUGUGCGGUAGUUGCGCAGACGGCUCACAUCGCACUUUCCUCGACAAAUGUGAUAUGUACGAAUUCAAUUGUGACUAUGGGACACUUUUCGAUGUUUAUACUCAUGACUGCAAUGAUGAUAAUCAACCUAAUGCUGGCGAGUCUGAAACCCAAAAUAAUGAGAAUGCAGACAUUGUCACGGAGAAUGAAAUGGAUUAUUUAGAGAAUAAUGAUGUAACUAAAACCCCACGUAGACUGAAGGUUUCUGAUCCUGGUCGUGAUUGUGGCAAUAGUAAAUGCAACAUACUUUAUGGAGGUUGGAGUUGGAUUACUACGGUGAAGGGAGAGACCAGAGAUUUUCAUAGAAUCUUGAAUGAAAAUAAGUUAAAGUAA